UUUCACAGCGACCGCCCUUGCAAAACUGAUCCCUGAUUCAAGUUCAAGUUUCCCAAAAGAGAAAGAAUCUACUAGAUAUAGAUCUAUCUCUAGAUUCUAGAUCUCUAGAUAACUAGAACUAGAUCUACAUCUAUCUUCUAGAUCUAGAAUUUCUGCUGACGAAUUUUUCCGGAGGAAAGAGAGACAAACAUUCCUGUCAUUUCUGAGGCAGGGCAUCGUUGUGUUGGCCUACCGUAGGUUGUUUUGUUCUGGUCAGCGAGCUGAUCUCGGGGGUAUCUUGGGCGUCUCUCACUAUGGCCCACUCAGACCGCGGCGGGAGCCACCAGGGAGAGGACACAAAGACCCACCACCACGCUCACUUCCAGGAUCACAGAGACCAGGGAAAAGGGAAGGGAACUCCGUCCUUGAAGAAGGGCGUGCACUGUGUGAGGGUGGACUGUGACGAGGAAUCGGACGCCAGCGAUUGGCCGGGAUUUUGAACCACUCGGCAGACAUUGAAAUAGAACCAUGUGGACUCGUUUGUGUGUGUGAAUGGAUUCUUGAUCUUGGAUGUGCUCAAAGUGUAUGUCUUCCUCGAGAAGUGAGGCGCUCGGCGGAAUGACGAAGUCGGAGAAACGGACAUUUCACCAUCCUUGGAUAAUUCUUAUAAUUGAAUUGUUUUUGUGGGUA